CACAGUCUAAGAAUAUGAUCAAUAAGGAGAGUAAUGCAUGAAUAGCAAGAAAUUGUUACCGCUUGUGAGUAUGCGGCACAAUGAAACAGCAAGAAAUAGUAGUACAAGGGAAGGUCCAAAGCAAGCUCUCGCACCAACACACACUCAAAUUCCACACAAAUACAGGGUAUCUCUAUCAUCCUUUUUCUAAACACACUUGGGGUCCAUUGCAUAUGCUGAAACUGAGCUUGAAGUUGUUGCUUUCCACUUUCUCGGUGCUAUUGUCGGCAUGGCCAUGCCCUCUUUGCGACUGUGAGCGGCAACAUACAUGUUUCUGAAGUGUGACUGCCUCCAUUCAGCAUUGCCCAUUAUGCUUUAUCGGUUACGCGUUCCAUUGGCUAAUUCGAAGAGGAUCUGCCGGUGCAGACUCGGUGCUUCAACGAGUGUAGUGAAUCGAAGGGAAAAUUCGUUGUACGUC